AGCGUGCUAUAGCUAGCUAGUUUGCGUAUUUGGACUAUACAUUAAUACAAAGAUACUGUGUAGUGAGAGGCCAGUACCAACUUGGGUGUUGUCGAAAUGAACUGCUUAUUGGAUAAUGUUACACCUAUUCUGUUUUGCGAUUCAUCGGUAAUACAGAAACAAUUAUUUUUUUCAAUUGGAUGUGUAUCCGUAUUGUCCAGUUUGUGGGAUCCAGUGCUGUCUUCAUAGAUCAUUCACCUGUGUAGUUCGGAGUCGUUAUAACUUGCCUUAGCUAUCGAGUUAGCCAUAUAAUUAAUACUCUACGUGACAAGACGCAGCAAGUGGUAGAUGUCAACCCACAAGCUACACACUAGUGCUUGUUAGCUAACUACAUAACUUGGUAUGGUGGUGCUGCUGCGCCUUUUAAGUAAGGGUGAUUAAGGUUUAUAAACUCCAUUUGGUCAAUGCGCAAACUUUGACACACCAUCCGUUGGUCUAUAAUGCGUCGUCAUUCAGUCAUCGUUUCAGUUGUAAGUUAUCGUUCUAAAUGGGGUGUCAUGCGUUGUGAGACUUGCUUAAGCCUGGUUCCUCCAUGGCCGCUUCUUGCAGAAUCAAAUUUUUCAGAUUGACAUGCUGUACAAAAUGUACAGUAUGAAGUGUUUUUUUAAGAUCCAGUUUCCAUUACGAGCAUUUGGCGUAACUAAUUGCAUUUAAUCCUUAGCUAGCUACUUCGGACACGAUAUACGUGCACCGCCCACGCCUCUGUUUCUUAAAUGUUUCAGAAUAACAGAGAGGCUUAGAACGUCCAAAUGUUUUUUGACUUGACUUGGAUGCAUGGAUUUUUUUUUUGCGGCUCAGGCUUACAUUGAAGCCUGUGGAGAUUACCUAACAUAUUAGAGUUUAAACUUACGAGACUUGGCUAUCUCAUGGAAGAGUUUAAUAUGUUUUCUUUUGAGCUUCUCAGGACAACUUAAUUCUACUUGUAUCUGUAAUUCUGAAACACUAGGGAAGUUUUCCAAAGAAUUAGAAGUACAACUGAUUAGUAUACCACAUAAACCAGAUUCACUUGCUUUUUUGCUCAUGGAAAUUCCUUAAUACCGCCCAUACUAUUCUGCAGUUCUUCCUACUGUAAUUCGUCUCUAUUGCUUUAAGCACACAUUCUAUGGACAAAGAAACUGCUUUUGUCAAUGUACUCUGAGUGACCAUGGCUGGCUCUAAUGUAAUUGAUGAAAUUGAAGAUGAUUGUGGUGGACAUGACUGGUCAGCAAUGAGUGCACGGCUGAAUUCUUUCUGGGCCUUUCCGCAAGUCCAGGAGGUUUCUGCUGAAAGGCUGGCCCGGGCAGGAUUCUAUUUCACAGGAGAGGCUGACCGGGUACGCUGCUUCAGCUGCCGGCAAACUGUGGAGAACUGGCACCAAGGGGACAUGCCUGUGCAGAGACACUUCGAGGUCUCACCCACCUGCAAAUUCCUUAGCUGCACUCAUCGCAGCAGCCUCUUUGCUAGCUCCUCUGCUCAGACCACAGAGUCCAUCUACGAUGAAGAGGCAGAAGCCAUGCAGUUCCGACUCCGUACAGGGGAGGUGGUGGACCAGUCCGUGUACCCCAUUGUACCACAUAUGAAGAGCGAAGAUGCACGGCUCAGGACGUUCAGCAGCUGGCCAACACAGUCGCCGGUCCAGCCCAGCAACCUGGCGCAAGCUGGGUUCUACGUACCAGAGACCAGCGAGGAGGUGGACAGAGUGCAGUGCUUCUGCUGCGGAGGCAUGCUGUCAUCCUGGGAGGAGGGUGAUGACCCCUGGGCAGAGCACGCCAAGUACUACCAUAACUGUUUCUUCAUCUUGGGCCACGAUGUGGGCAACAUCCCCUCCGAGCAGUCCCAGCAGCAGAGCAGUGCUCCCAGAGGCUCAAUGGAAUCUUUUGAGGAGCGACUCAAUAGCUUCAGGAACACGCUGCAUCCCGUGGACCAUGAAAAGCUUGCUAGAGCUGGGUUUUAUAGUAAAGGGGAGCGUGACCGUGUGAGUUGUUUUAGAUGUGGAGGAAGUCUCAAGAACUGGCAGCCUAAUGAAGAUCCAUGGGAGGAGCAUGCAAAGCACUAUCCUGGAUGCAGUUUCCUGCUCUCAGAGAAGGGGCAAGAGUUUGUCAACAGUGUGCAGCUGAGGAGUCCUAGAGGCCACUGUUCAAAUGGUCCUUCCCAUCAUGAGAGAGCAUCAAACAUAAUGCAGUUAGAGAUUGCCCAGAAAGCUGUCGAGAUGGGAUUUGAGCCAAUCAAAGUGGAAGCGACCAUUUUAGAAAGGAUCCAACAGACCAGAAAGGAAUAUACCACAGUGGCUGACCUCAUUCAGGAUCUUACCAGCAGCCUUUCUGACAGUGAUUCUGAUGUGUGUCAAGAAGUACAAACUGAGGAUCCCUUGAAGAAGCUAGAGAAGCUCCAACGUGAGAAGCUCUGUAAAGUUUGUAUGGACAAUGACAUUUCUGUUGUUUUCAUUCCAUGCGGACACUUGGUGACCUGCAAGAAGUGUUCUGAUUCCCUUAGCAAAUGUCCCAUCUGUUGUGCUGUCAUCACACAGAAAAUCAAGACCUAUAGCUCAUAACUUAAAGUUUAAAAAAAAAUCUAUAUAUGACACACUUGCUGCUUUUCUCAAAUCAUUUUAUGAAACUAUUUUUAAUUUUGUGUAUGUCAAUAUAUUGAUUAAAGACUUGUACAUUCGCGUGAUGUAUGGAUUUGUAGUACAUUUAUGGUGAGUACCAUAUUUGUAUGUUUGCCUUUUAACUUGGCCAAAGAUACACUACAAAUGGAAAACUGAAUUAUGCAAACAAUAAGAAGUUCAUAGAAAUAACAUUUACUCCUGUGUAGUUGGUGGUUUUGGGGUUUUGUUUUUGUUUCAUGUUCAACUCACAUAAAUGUAAGAUUGCUCUGAUGAAGUUCAGAUUAAAACUUGGCAUAAUAUUCACUGGGUAGUUCAGUGACCUUUUAAACUUCUCAAAAAGAACAGAUUACUGGACAGUGCAUGGGAUAAGAGAGUGUCUUCUGAAUGAGCUAGAGCAAGGCUGGGAUUACACACCAGCCAGAAGGAAGGAGCACUACCAUUUUGCCACCAUGGGUGUGGCAUACUGUUCUCAUAUGGACCAGCCUAAAUACAGAGGAAGCAGGUUUCCAUGGCCACCUGAGCUGCUGUGGGGCAUCUGUGAUGUACACAGAUCCUUUUUGGAUAUGUUAACUUGCAUGCAGACAAGUAGCCCAUAGAUAUUAGAGGUUGUGCUUCAGUGCCAGAGUGCCUUUCUGUAGAUAAAAUGGAAAAGUGUGUGUGGUUGGUUGGUUGGUUGGUUGAUGAUUUUAGAAUGUGUUUAAUGCUGGGAAAAUAUAUUUUAUUAAACCUUUUUUCUUAAUUAAUUUGCGAAUAGGUUCAAUGUUAACUCAGUGAUUUUAAAUAAUGUAAUUAAUAAAGAGAUUUUUUUUUCCUGA